UGGCUUCAUUCUCUGCGUUCCACAUUUCUCUUCCUGUACCCGCGGAUUAUGGCCGUCGUAUUCGGGCCGCGCUUCGUUUGACCGGAACAGGAAGGAAGUUUGUUUCCGUUUCCUGCAGCUCUCCCGCCCGUGCUAGAGUCAACGAAGGCUUAGUAGGCGGAUAGGCAUCUCCUUCCACCAUGUCCGAGGGCUGGCAGGAAUGGCCUAUUCUGGGACCCGGCUGGAAGCGGCGGACGGUCACCCGCAAAUCCGGAGCCUCUUCUGGUCUUUCAGACACCUACUACCAAAGCCCCUCGGGACAACGCUUCAGGAGCAGGAAUGAGCUGUCCAAAUUCUUGGGGGACUCCGUGGACCUGUCGUGUUUUGAUUUCAAGAGCGGGACAAUAUUACCAGCCGGAAAGAGGAAACCUCUUAGGGUGUAUGUCCGGACUGCGAAAACUGUGAAGGGCGCGUCCGAGACUCCUCCUAAGAAACAGCGGACGUCCCUUCCCAAGGACACCGACCAAGACCUGCAGAAUGGAAAGGAUGUGGAGCCGUCGCAGAUUGUGUGCUGUCGCGGCUGUAACACUUGGUUUACUGGAGUUCUGUUUGGUAAAUCAAAGCAGACGGUGUGGUACUGUGCGGACUGCAGAGCUUCCAGACGAGCCGACAACAAGCUGCAGAAGCAGUUAAAGUCGAGCGGUUGUGGGUUGUGCACUGCCUGCCGGGUGACGGAGAACUGCGGACAUUGCUCAGUGUGUCUCCUGCGAUCUCAAAACCCAGAAUUCGGAAGCUCCUGGAAGUGCGUGAGAAGACGCUGCCUGCAGGUUAUCAGAAAGGGCGGGGUCUGCGGCCGCUGUCCGGGCUGCUCUAUGAAGGAAGACUGCAAAACCUGCACUGUGUGUGUCGCCAAGCAGAAGACCCCGGAGAUCAGCGACAAGUGUCUGAAGCGCUGGUGUCACAAUAAGAAACACAAACUCAAACCCCCACCAUCCAAAAAGUUGACCAAGAAGUUGAACAUGGGAGGAAACUGUGGUCAUUGUAUAGGCUGCUGCACGCUAGAAAACUGUGGUGCCUGUUCUCUGUGUAUCCGAAAACGGCAGAACCCAGGCCGGAAGAUCAAAGGAAAGUGUCUGAAGAGGCGGUGUCACAAUAAGAAAAAAAAAAUUAAAGUGAAGCCGAAAAUUGGGCUGAAAGCAAAGCACUUGGUAGGCCGCCGCAAGAACCGGAAAUGUGGGGAGUGCGACGCCUGCCUUAGGAACUUGGACUGUGGCGAAUGUGACUUCUGCCAAGACAAGCCCAAAUUUGGUGGCCGCAACCUAAAGCGGCAGAAGUGUCGCUGGCGGCAGUGCCUGCGUUUUGCCGUGGAGAAAAACAUCCCGCUGUAUCUGAAAUCUUCCAAUCACCCCAUACUGGUGGAGCGGAUCCAGAAGGAGGCGGCAGAGGCCUCGGAGAACGUGGAAGCCAUGAAACAAGAUGAAGAAGUGCAGUUGCCACCCAAAAUACCGGUCAUAAGGCUUGCAUUAAAAAAUGGAGGAUACCCUUCUGCGGAUGGGACAUGCGGUGGCUGGGUCAUAGGUGGCGUGGAUACCAAAGGGAUGAAACAAGAGAUCAUCAUUGACGACGAGGAUGACGAGCAGCCCCUGGAUCUUCAUUGCCCAUUGAAACCGGAAGAGUUUGUCACGGAGGAUGAUGACGUAAUGCUGGCUGACGAGAGCACCCCGGUGAUCAUGGAGAUUUUCAGUCUGGGCGCCUACAAUUCCAGUAAUGGUAUAGACCUAGUCCUGCAGGAAUUUAUGGAGGAGUUGAAUGAGAUUCCUCUGCCGGCUCAUUGGGAAUUAAUGCCUCUCAACGGCCCUAACCUACACCUGGUCCAGAGGUCCAGGAUGUCCACCAUGUCAGAGACAAUCAUCCACAUACUACCGGGACUUCACUUCAAUGUUGCCGUGAGGAAUUAUACGGUCCCUGCCAGCCAUGAACUCUUCAGAAAGCAUCCGAGUCGGCUCACCACCGUGGACGAAGUCGUGGAGCUCAUUUGUGACCUGGAGGCUUAUCGUCCUUGCGCAGGUCUUCCAAAAAGCGGGCCAUGUUCUCCAAGCUGUUCGAUCUUGGUGUACGAGGAACGGUGCCCCGAAUGUUGCACAAUGCCCUGGCCGUCAGGCAAUUAUCACUGAAGCGAGGGGGGUGGGGGGAGGGCGAAUAGACGGGCCAAUGCUCAGGGACAAGGAACUGCUCACAUGAAUUUAGCAGUGAAAGGAUUGUACAUUUUGGAAGAAGACCCUUUGCUCGUAUGGACAAACCUGUGUAUCCAGUAGCAGUGGUUCAGUACGGUGGAUGGUUAAACACCCCCCUCCCGUUAAAAUUUAGCACCUCAAUGUACACGUCUCUUACUUAUACAUAGAUGUCCAAAGAAGAGCGACCGAGGAGCACCAUAUGGUUUUUAGUAUGGGCUUCCUGCGCGCUCACAAGGGUAGAUGUUCAUGUGAACUGACUUUUAUUUUAGCUCUCCGUAGGUGUAUCUAACCAUACAUCGGCCUAAAGCUUCCAACCCAUUUUCAGUAAUAGGGACCAAAUAAAAGCCAUGUACUUUGAUUAGUGAUGUGUGUAGGCUACAGAGAUAAUAAAGACGUUGUAGAGGGGUGUCACCUGCUGUAAGGCAGACAUACACAUUAGAUAACUGCCAGCUAUCUCCGUACACAUGCAUGCUUGGCCUGAACAGGGACAUUGCAACUACUAGACACCUCUAGCUCAUCUCCCCAAGAACACAAGCACUGUUCAUGUUUAAAUCCAGCUGUGGGAUUUUUGUCUCCCCUGUCAUCCGCCAAUGAGGGGAGUCAUCGGGCCCCCUGUGGACAUUAAGUGGUGGGCGAUCCUGCUGCCAUUUAUCUAAUGUAUAUGGCCAUUUUAAAGAGGUUGUCACUAAUAACACUUAUCCCCUAUCCACAGGACAGGGGAUAAGCAUCUGAUCGGUGGAGGUCGGGGGUCUGGAAGUGCCGGAUAACCCCCCCCGACUGCAUCCUUCACUCCAUUCAGUUCUAUGGCAAGUGCUGUACUUGGCAGUCCCAUAGGAGUGAGUGGUGAAGAGGACGCACUGGCGCACUCUACCGCUCCGUUCUCAUGGGACAGUUCACGGGCACUUCUCGGGAUCACUGGUAGUCCCAGCCGUCCGACCCCUUAUCCCCUGUCCUGUAGAUAAGGGAUAUGUGUGAUUAGUGGCUCCUAUCCUCACCGACCUGACGCAACUAGGCAGUACAUGGACAGUCAUUCACACGUAUGACCUACAUGUAAUGUCGUGAGUGGGUAGACGGUUGAAACUGGAGCUGUGGUGAUCUCCUUGCAUCAGCUUUUUUUUUUAAAGGGAUUGUCCAGGAUU